AUGGCACAGAAAAAAGGCAAUGAGAAAGUGCCAAACCCUCCCCAUUGUGAUAAAUAUGAGCCGAUUUUGUUCGAGGUACCUAAUUUCGAGGACCCGGAAGGAUUUGUCGACGAUAUCCCUGACGAGGUACUGCUUGCAGACCUUUUUGAAUCGAAACCAAAAGAAUCUGAUGGAUACAAUAAUGUAAUCGUGGUAGACGGAUGCCCACAGGUUGGGCCAGAGCGGCUAUCGAAGCUCCAAAAUGUCAUAAACAAGAUCUUCGGCAAAUAUGGGAAGAUUGUUAAUGAAUAUUAUCCCACGACUGAAAACGGCUUAACAACGGGAUACAUGUUCUUAGAGUAUAAUAAUGUACAGAGUGUCACGGAAGCUAUCGCCGCAAUCAAUAAUUUUAAAUUGGAUAAGCAGCACACGUUUUUGGUUAAUUGUUUUACCGAUUUUCAUGAAUAUUCAAAUAUUCCUAAAGAAUGGGAGGCACCAUCACCCGAGCCGUACAAGGUGCACUUAGAUUUGCAAUGGUACCUGAUGGAUCCUGAUGCGUUCGAUCAGUUCCUGGUUGGUAUAGGAACCGGAGAUGCGCUGCAAGUCUGGCAGAAUGCCCGUCCUAAACCAGUUAUAUUAGAAGAGAGGUCUAAUUGGACUGAGACUUACGCUAUUUGGUCACCACUUGGCACUUAUUUUGCUACGUUUCAUUGGCAAGGUAUAGCAUUGUGGGCCGGCCCCAAGUUCAGUCAAUUCCAAAAGUUCUUACAUCCUGAAGCCAGAUGCCUAUCAUUCUCACCGUGUGAAAACUACAUUGUGACCUUUUCUCCUACUGGUGUUAGAGGGGAUGAUAAGAGACUCAUUAUUUGGGAUAUUAGGACCGGUCAGGAAAAACGAGGUUUUCCAUCCCCAGAUGAACAUGCAUCUUGGCCGAUUUUCCGCUGGAGCAAAGAUGAUAGAUUCUUUGCAAAGCUAGGCCAAGAUGUCCUGUCCGUAUAUGAAACACCCAGCUUUGGCUUGUUAGAAAAGAAGUCUAUUAAAAUACCUGGAAUUAGAGAUUUCUGCUGGUCACCGUCUGACAACAUCCUAGCAAAUUGGGUAGCAGAAAACAAAGACGUUCCAGCUAGAGUAUCCUUACUGGAACUACCCAACCGCACCGAAAUACGUUCUAAAAAUCUUUUUUCCGUAGCCGACUGUAAAAUUCAUUGGCAAAAAAGUGGUGACUAUCUGUGUGUGAAAGUAGAUCGGUACUCCAAGGUGAAAAAAGACAAAAAUGAUAUUAAAUACUCUGGGCUGUAUUUCAACUUUGAAAUAUUCCAUAUGAGAGAGAAAGAAAUUCCAGUAGAUUCCCUAGAAAUGAAAGAGCCAAUACAUGCAUUCGCAUGGGAACCAAUAGGCUCUAAAUUCGCUAUAAUACAUGGUGACACGGCAAAUGUUUCUACAAGUUUCUACCAAGUUAAUAAUGGGCAGGCUCCGACUUUGUUGAAGAAAUUUGAAAGAACGCCAUUCAAUCAUCUUUUUUGGUCACCAAUGGGACAAAAUAUAGUGCUAGCAAAUAUUGGAUUAACUGGUGGAGCUCUAGAGUUCCUGGACACUAAUGAUUUCACUAUUAUGAACGUGUCUGAUCAUUACCAGGUGUCAAGCAUUGAGUGGGAUCCCACUGGUCGCUAUGUUGUAACAGGCGUGUCAUCACUAAAGUGCAAGAUGGACUGCGGAUACUAUCUUUGGUCGUUCCAGGGUAAGAUCCUAAGGAGAGUAAUGAAAGAGGGUUUUUCUCAGUUUCUUUGGAGACCUCGGCCCCCUACCCUUUUGUCUGAAAAACAACAAAAAGAGAUCAAGAAGAACCUUAAGAAAUACUACUCGCAGUUCGAAUCUAUGGACCGCCAGCGCAGCAAUAAGGCUGACAAUGAUCUGGUAGCGAAGCGCACGGAGCAGUUAAGAAAGUAUGUAGAUUAUCGCGAGCUGAAGGCUCUGGAGUGGGCAAAACAAAAGCCUCAACGUCUUAAACUAAGAAACUAUGUAGAUACUGACGUUAUUGAUAAGGAACGGUUGAGUUCAGUAGAAGAAGUAGUAGAAAUCUUUGUCAAAAAAGAAAAGUUUAUCAUCGAGUAG